CGUCAACUACGGCCACGUCGCGAGCUUAAGCCUGCACAUAAUUGCGUGCAGACGUGCGCGUAGCAGUGCAACGUGUGUGCUGCGCAAACUGUGCGAGCAGGCAGCCAUGCGUUCCGCAAUCACUGCACUGCUGUGCAGCACUGGAGCAGCGCUCGUCGUCCCGUUGCAACCGGCGCGACCCGCGCAAGCGCUCGAUAUCACGCUGCCGCGCGUCAGCGACGGCGCCUCGGUGCACCUCGGCAACGCGCUCGCGGCGACGACGGACCGGACGUUGCUGUGCUUCGGGACGCACGCGGCUGCUCGCGCCAGUGCACGUGAAUCAAAUGUCGCGACAGGUCUCCGCGCACGACUCAAUCGACUUGACUCUCAAUGGUUGAUUUUUGCACAGGAUUUCAACGCCAUCGAGUACUUACAAAAGGUACGCUUCUACCUCCCGCGGCUGCGCGACGCGGGAGUAAGCAGAGUCGCCUGCGUCCUCAACGCGGACGCGGCGCAGUGCCGGAUGCUCGCCGAGUUAUUAGACGUGCCGGACGACGUGGAACUCUUCUCCGACCCCACGGGCGAGGCCGGGCGCAAGUUCGGCGUGAGCCGCGGCUUCCGGCCCGACGACGACGCACUGAGCCCCUACGUGAAGCUCUUCGUCGUCGGCAUCGGCCUCGGUCCGCCGUGGGGCACGCUCCUACCCGUGCUCCGCGGCUACGUGGGAGCUCCGAGCGGGAAGCGGGAUUGGAUUGAGGCGUGUAUGCAGCAGGCGCAACGCGCGGGCCGUUUUCCCCAACCGCUCGAGCUCGCCGCCGACGGCUCCAUCGCGAAGAACCGGUUCGACGACACGCCACUCGCCAGUGACUGGGGCGUGCGGCCCUUCGAGUUGGCGACGAUGCGCCUGCAGAACCUGAUCAUGCAGAUCUCACGGUAUGGCGAACUGGGACCGAAGGACCCGCGGUGCCUCACGCAGCUCGGAGGCAUGGUCGUCGUCGGCGCCGGCGGCGAGCCCGAGUACGCGUGGCUCGACCGAGGGUUGUGCGACCUGCCCGACUUCGAGGAUGUGUUGGGGGCGCUGUCAUAAGAUGUGGAC